AUGUAAUAAAAUUAUGCAGAAUCAUUGUUUUCAUAAUUUUCAUAAGUGGCAAAUUAAUCAUAAACAGGAAGAAAAAUUAUUGAAGAAGUUAUAGAUUUAUAUGAAGAAAGAGCAAAUCUUGAAGAAAAAUAUGCAAAAUCUCUAGAAAAACUAAUAGCAAAUAUAACUAAAUUAGAUGAGAAAUAGUAGUAAUAAUAUUCUGUGAUUAAUAGAAUGUAUAAGGUUCCUAUAUUUUGUUUAAAAAGUCUAACAAUUAGUAGAUAAUAUUAGGCUUAGAGUUUAUGUACUUAAAUAAGAGAGGAUCUAAUUACGUAGAUUAAAUAAUUGAUUUAAAAAUAAAAUACAGUUUCAAAAAAACUAAUAGAAGAAGCUAAGAAAAUGGAAAAGGAGAAUUAAUACUUAAAUCAAGAAUUUAAGAAAGUAUUAAUACAUUCUAAGUUUAUAGAAUUUUUAAGAAUAUAAAUAAAAAAAAAGAGAAUAUGAAUAGUAUGCAACAAUAUUGGUUGUAUAUAAUUUAUUAUCUGAAUAUUCAGAGAAGAAAAGAAUUAAUUAAUAUUAUAAGGUAAAUUAAAUAAAAAAGGAAUAUUUUGAUCUUGAAUAAAGAUAUAAAUAAACUUUAAAUGAUUUCAAUUAGAAUUGUGAAACUUCUAAAACUAAAAUGCAAGAAAUUUUGAAUACUAUGUAAGAGUAAGAAGAAAAAAGAAUUGGAAUAUUUUAGGAUACUUUAAUUAGACAAAUUGUAAAUUAUAAAUAAAAUUCUUUUAGAUUUUUGAAGUAUCACAUUCUAAAAAUGUGUAAUAUGAUUUAGAGAAAAUUACAGAAGUAAUAAAUGAAAUCAUUCCAAAAGAUGAAGUUGCUAAAUUUAUUUAGAGUAUUAAAUAAGAAGGUUCAAAUCUAUUUGAAAAAUCAGAUGUUAUCUAACUUAAUUCUUUUAUUAGCAAUAGUUUAUAAAAGUUCUUUUAAAAAGAAUUUGAUGAAUUAUUGACUUUAAAUAAUGAUGAAAAGGUAAUGAAUAUUAUUGCAGAUAUUGAAUCUGGAAUUGAUUCAAAACCUGAAGAUUAAAAACAAUAAGAAACAUAUUAUGCAGCUAAAUUGAUUAAUGAUUGUUGGAAAGAAGAAGAAAUAUAAUCAUAACUAUUUUAAGAAGUUAAAAAUAAAACUAAAGAUAAUUAUCAAUAAAGAAUGUUAAUAAUUGUUGCUAUUUAAAACAAAAGACUUAAUACAUAAUUCAAACUAGGACCAAUUGCUUUUAAAAAUGUUCUUAAAUUAUUUAAUUCUUUAUUAGAAAUAGUAUUUAAAUUCUAUAAUUUUAGUGCUUAGAUACAUUUGAUGCAGGAACUUCUAGAUAAUUAAUGCAUCUUUCAUUUACUUUUUAUUAAGAAAGAAUUGAAAAAAAUAAAAUAUAAUGUUAUUUUUUAUCAAAUGAAUUUGCUAAACAUUAAGUAUGGGAAAAUAGAGAUUUAUGGGAAACAAGUAUUAUUUAAUAAAUCUAUGAAAAAAUUAAAGAAUAAUAAUAGAAAUCAAGAUUGUCUAAGUAUUAUCAAAAUAUUAAUUUUAGUUAAUAUGAACAAAUCUAAGUAGAAAAAAAUAUGAUUUUAACUAUUUUAACUUAGAUGGCUUAAAAUAUGUUAUUAUUUAAUUUUAAAAUUGGAGCAUUGAAAGAUAUUAUGUAUAAAUUUUUGGCCUUUUUUGAAUUAAAUGAAGAAAUAACAUCUGAUUUAUUUGUAAUAGAUUUAAUAUGAUUUUAUUAGAAUGCAAUUGAAGGAUUUGAAAAAUAAUAAAAAAUAAAUAAUGCAUUGGAGAAAGAAGCAUAGUAAUAAAAAAUAUAGGAAUCAUAAUAAGAGAAAAAUGAUUGA